AUGGCCUCCUACGGCUACCAACCCAACCCAGCCCAACAGGCCUACUCCGCCCAGAACAACCUCAACUUCUACCAAUCCUCAUACUCACAACAGCCCGUCUCCGGCCACUCCACACCCUUCCAAGCCGCGUACGGGAACCCAGCAUCCUCUGCUGCGUACCCACAGUCACAAUAUGGAGCCGGGUCAGCAAACUAUGGGUUUGGGGCAUUUCCAGGUCAGCCGGGUGUGCAGGGGCAGAUGGGUACAGGGCAGGGAGGCUUGAGGACAGGCUGGUUGGCCGCGUUUGGCACGGAGGGAUAUGAGGGGGAGCCGCCGUUACUGGAGGAGCUGGGAGUGAAUUUUGAGCAUAUCUGGACGAAGACGUUGACAGUACUCAACCCCAUGGCACGGAUAGACAACCACAUCAUGGAUGAUGCGGAUCUGGCAGGGCCAUUCCUGUUCUGUGCGCUGUUCGGCACCUUCUUGCUGCUUUCCGGCAAACUCUGGUUCGGCUACGUCUGUGGUCUCGCUGCCCUCGGCGCCCUCAGCCUUAACUUCGUCUUCAGCAUGAUGUCUCCACCCCUGUCUCAAGAAGAGAUGAACGCCGCCUCGAACCCUCACAAUAAUUACCACGGCUCCUCGAACCUCUCUUCAACCCUCACGCUCGGACGCAGCUCAUCCGUGCUCGGCUACUGCUUGCUCCCUCUCGUCUUCGCAAGCUUGCUAGGUGUGGUGUUGCCGCUCGACAGCUUUCUUGGCUACUGCUUAGUGAGCACGUCAAUCGCGUGGUGCACGUACUCCAGCUCGGCGAUGUUCUGCGUGGUUGGACGCAUGACGAAUAUGCGAGGGCUGGUGGCGUAUCCGCUGGCGCUGUUUUAUGUUGGGUUCGGCAUCAUGGCCAUCUUCAGUAGUCGGGGCACUGGACGGAUUGAUGCGAUGAAAGUGGGGAGAUGA